AUGGAGCAUGCAAUGAAGGCUGAUGAUGGCAAUGCCGACUCUGAGAUCAGUCUAGAGCAGGAGGGGAGAAAGAAGGGAGCAACGAACAAUCAAGCAGCAAAGGACCUGUCACCGGGGGGCGAGGACAACUUCCCAAAUGAAAUUCAAGCUGCCGAUGCUCCACAGACCGAUGAAGCAGAACAAGAAGCGUCCAACAACUUAUCUGAAAGUAUUGACAGUGCUAGAUCAGGCAGAAUUGGCGUGCGGCAGACACCAGCUCGCAAGAAAGUCCCGGGAACGACCGGAACGAAGAAACACAAGGCGAGCAAAACUGAGUCCAAGAAGCAAGUGUCCAAAGCUCGAUUCUUUCCAGACAUCAAGUCUUCAACCAGCUUAUCUGAUCAGAGAGAUAGCGUGCGCUCCAUCGCAAGACAAAUCGGAGCGAUGACAAAUGCGAGAGCGAAGGAGCUUGCACAAAUACAGACAACGCUUGGCAAUUUUCAAGACCCCAAGAUUCGACGAGCUGAGAAUGUGCUUUUUGAAGCCAUAGAAAAACGGGCCACACGGAUAGAUAAGCUUUGCAGCAAGAUGGAAGAGAUGCAAGAAGUCUUCAAUAGACCUAGAUCGAAGGGCAAGACUGUCGACCUAGACUUGCUGCACUACGAGGAAUCUCUCAUCAUCAAUCAGAUCAAGGACAUAUCGAAAGAACUCACUGGAAUUCUUCCUUUGGCUUCAGCGCUUGCAGAAAUGAACAAACAGAUCAGCGAUGGGACUGCAAGAGAAUUCAAUCCUGAUUUAAAAAAAACGUUAAUCCAGGGUUUAAAGCGUUACAAACUGAACUCAGUCUUAAGUGUGCUCCAAUCGGUGAUUGAUUUCUUCCAAUUGCGUGAUGCUGACUACGAUUUCCAGUCAAGAAUCAUUUCAGGUCCGCGAAAUACGCAAGGCAAGAAAGGCUUUCAAACAUUCCGAAGCCAUCACACGCCUGAGGUGAUGAUGAUUUCCUCGAACCCUGAUUCCAAUGCUCACCUCGGAGAUUGGUCGAGCUCCCCGAUCGCUUUCAAUAGUCAAGAUGAGACUGAUCACACAAGUUUUGUAAAACAAAAUCUAGCCCGAGAGCGCUCAAAGAAGCAGAAGACAGACCGUGAGGAAAUGAGCGCAAGGCUUCCAAAUUCACAGUAUAUCAGCUCGUCCUCCGUUCCCAAUCCGCCCUCCAAAAGCGCAGAAUCUACGCGGAUCAAUGCUAUGAAAGUCAAAUAUGCAUGUCUGCUGCAAGGAUAUGCAAGGAAACUGAUUGUACGUCUGACAAAUGCAAGAGAUGUCGUGGAAAGGGUGAAUUUUACCAGAAGGAAAGUGCAACUCACCGAGGAUCAAGCUGCCGCAAAAAUUCAGAACUGGCUGAGGGGAAUUCUACUUAGAACCUUCCGGAUUCCGAUUGUACAUGACAAGUCGACCUUGCUUAGCCUUCUUACAAAUGCCUUGUUCGACAAACAAAGAUUGAGUACAAAUAGCGACGAUGAUGAGCAAAACGCAGCAUUGGCCAAAGCAAAUCUGGCGUACACAAUUUCUACCAUUGAAGCCGAGAAUGAAAGGAGCGCCGAAAUGCUACAGAGGAUCGAGACCCUGAGAGAAACGACGCAAGGAAACUUGGCAGCCCCUGCUACAAAAAAACAAGAAAUUGCAACAGCAAGACCAAAAGAGGUGGAGGGAGGGACCUCGAGAGAGCUGGAAUUUUGGUCAUCACACCUCAAGCCGAAACGUAUCGAUCCUGAACUAUCGCCAGAUGUCAACACGUUCAACGACAUCAGUCUACAAGAGGUCAAUCUGACUAGACAUGCGACACGUUGCCGACAAAAAAUAGACGAGAACGUAAAGAAGAAAUACUUCACAUACGAUGGAGCUGCAGCAAAAAUCCAGUCCAUGUUCCGAGGGCAUAUUGUGAGAAAAAAUAUUCUUCCAAAGAGACGAGUUGAGAGGGAGAGGCAAACUCAAAAAAGAGAAACAACCACAGCCGGGAACGACAAGGCAAAGGCUGAAGUAGCAGCGAAGGCGAAGCCGCAGGCAGAGGCAGGGAAGGGGUCCGCCGGAGCCGCGAAGGACAUCACGGACGAGGAGAAGGCAGCAGUCAAGAUCCAGAGCCGGGUAAGGGGAUAUCAGACGAGGAGACAGCCAGGGCAGGUCGCCAAGCAGGGAGCCGGAGCCGGGGCUGCAGCCGGAGCGGGGACCAGCCAGAAGGUGGUAGGCGGAGCCGAAAAGGCGAAGCCGCAGGCAGAGGCAGGGAAGGGGUCCGCCGGAGCUGCGAAGGACAUCACGGACGAGGAGAAGGCAGCAGUCAAGAUCCAGAGCCGGGUAAGGGGAUAUCAGACGAGGAGACAGCCAGGGCAGGUCGCCAAGCAGGGAGCCGGAGCCGGGGCUGCAGCCGGAGCGGGGACCAGCCAGAAGGUGGUAGGCGGAGCCGAAAAGGCGAAGCCGCAGGCAGAGGCAGGGAAGGGGGCCGCCGGAGCCGCGAAGGACAUCACGGACGAGGAGAAGGCAGCAGUCAAGAUCCAGAGCCGGGUAAGGGGAUAUCAGACGAGGAGACAGCCAGGGCAGGUCGCCAAGCAGGGAGCCGGAGCCGGGGCUGCAGCCGGAGCGGGGACCAGCCAGAAGGUGGUAGGCGGAGCCGAAAAGGCAAAGCCGCAGGCAGAGGCCGGGAAGGACAAAGCAAAGGCUGAAGCAGCAGCGAAGGCGAAGCCGCAGGCAGAGGCAGGGAAGGGGGCCGCCGGAGCCGCGAAGGACAUCACGGACGAGGAGAAGGCAGCAGUCAAGAUCCAGAGCCGGGUAAGGGGAUAUCAGACGAGGCAGAAGGAUGUGAAUGUUCGAAUGUUGGACAAGAGUGAAAGUGUUGAUGUGAACUCUUCGGUUGAGGAAAGGAAGGAGAUCGAGACCUCAAAACCUCCUUCAAGACGAUCGGACAGGCUCGCAACCCCGAUGGAUGACUGGAACUUCAAAUUUUCUCUGCAAUUGAUGAAGGAGUUUGUCUUCUUGGUGGAGAGGGUAAGGGAGUACCAAGUGGAAAGCAUUUGUGAGCUCUUUGGAGGGCGCAGCGACAGCACACCAUCGGAACUGGUGAGCUGCCUCCUGGCCGAAAAGUCUACGGAGGAGAAAGGGAGCUCUAGUCGUGUCAACUCGACUCCUCCAUCUUCGUCCAGUCAAAGGCAUCAGAACGUGGCAGACACGGACACAUGGAGCAAGGUGAUUGAAAUGCUCAAGGCAAUAAACUCCAGAAUCUCCAGCGCCAUCGAAAAAUUCCUUGGGACUGCAGAGGAAGACGGAGGGCGAUCGAAGAGACUGCUGGAUGAAGUCAGAGAGAGUCUGAAAGCGCUGGACUCCUGCAAACCUGUGGAGAUCAGUCUGCUGCUUCAUCUUCUGCGCAAAGUGGAUGAGAGGCAGCCGACGGAAGUUGAGGAGUCGACGGUCAAGAGCGUCGGCCAGUCGUCGAGCAGACGAGGAAAAGUCGUUGACGACGACACGAUUGACGAUACUAUAGCGAAGAUCACGCAGCUGCUGGAGAAUUCGAUGAACCAAGUGAUGGAGGCGAAGGAGAAGGCUGUGAUGGACGCUGUCAGGAUCAACGAGGAACUGAAGCAGAAGCUGGAGGAGAUCGACCAAGAUCGAUCGCUCAGAGACCAGGAGGAGAAGGCUACUAUCCUUGCCACUGAGGACAUCGUUCAAUCUGGCAAGAACAUGGCAUCGAUCAUGAGGACAGAGGCGUCGCAGAUGUUCCAGAAGGCGAAACUGGAUCUUGAGCGCAACCGAGCCUUCUGGGAGAACGAGAUCGCGAAGGCGACGAAGCAGUGCACUGAGGAGAAGGAGAGGAUUGACAAAGAGAUGAAGGAGAGCAUUCGACUUGCAAGAAAAAACGAACAAGAUGCCGAAGCGAAGAUGAAGCAUGCGAAGAGAAAGUUGGCAAUCGCUCGAGACGAGCACGAGAAGCUGAUGGAAGCUGAAAGCGCACAAUUGCAGAACCUCCUGGCAGAAGCAGAUCAGCUGGGCAGCGUCGAGACUCCUGACUCGCAAGAGAAAGCCGAGAAGCUCAGACUGAGGGCGACUACCAUGCAGCUCGACCUGAAGAAGAAGGCGAUGCAGUUCAACCACGAGAACGAGGCAAGUCGGCAGCAACCUGGCGAGAUCGAGAUCUCGAUGUCCCUCGCAAAGUUGGCGUCCGAGGCAAGAGAGGAGAUUGACAAGAUCAAAAAGCAGGCAGAGGCAAAGAUCGCGGUCGAGGAGCAGAAGCUCAAGAUCAAGAGGCACGAGAAGAAGAUGCAUCGAACUCGAGCCAACGAGAAGAUCAUUAUGAAGGCAUUGGAGAUCGAGCAGCAAGUGAUGCAGGAAGCAAAGUCUGCCAAGCAGCAGGCGGAGCUAUCCAGAGAGAUUCAGGAAGAGACAGACUCUCGUGCGAGGGAGGCUCUGGUCGCUGAGGCCCGGCAGAAGCUGAACGAGCUGUCGGUGGCGGAGAGGAAAGUGCAGGAGGAGUACAUCAAUUUGAAGACUGUGCUGAAGCAUUGUCAAGAAUGCAAGGCAUGGAGAAAGAUCAGCUCCAAGGAUGGAAGAAUUUAUUGGUGGAAUAAGCGGACGAAUGAAACCACGUGGAAGAUCCCCAAGUCCGUCAGGGUCUUCGUGAAGGCUCAGGAGUUUCUCGAAGACCCGCAGCAGGCAAUCAAGUUAGACUAG